AUGGCCUCGACAGGCGUGUCGAUGACGCCUGCUCCGGCCAUCGCACCGCCUCCGUUGGCGAUGGCACCCGCACUGGCUGCCAAGCCUUCCGCCGCACCAUCACCAGGACCAGGUACCCCCGGCUCUAUCACCUCGAAGGAGUGGGUGAUUCCUCCUCGUCCGAAGCCUGGCCGGAAGCCAGCCACCGACACGCCUCCUACCAAGCGUAAGGCGCAGAACCGCGCAGCUCAGCGAGCAUUCCGCGAGAGGCGUGCCGCCAGGGUCUGUGAGCUCGAAGACCAGAUCAAGGAAAUCGAAGAUGGCCAUGACAUGCAGGUGGCAGCUCUCACGGAGCAGAUCAACAAUCUCUCCCAGGAAGUCGAACAGAGCCGCGAGGAGAUGAGCUGGUGGCGUGACCGAUGUCACGCCCUGGAGAAGGAGGUGUCGAUUGAACGCAGCGCCAAGGAAGCUCUGGUCAAGGAAUUCCGAUCGUCUCUCUCUGGACCCAGCGGCCGCAAGUCCUCUAUUCCGGACUCCGUGCCGUUGCCGCCUCGCAAUCGCCCAUCGACCCGCAGCUCCCGAAUGGAAGAUGUGGUGCCGACCAAUGCCGACCGCAACAAGGAAGAUGGCCAAGAGAACGUCCCUCUGGGGUGCAACAACUGCUCUUCGGUACACUGUCAGUGCAUCGAGGAUGCAUUUGCCAUGCCAAUUGACACACACGAGUCCUCUCGCUCCAGACAUCCGCCCCACGGAGUGGGCAGCCCUGAGCGGGAGAACGUGGAGCCCGACAUCAAGCCCGACCCGGAGGAGAUGGAGAUUGACUUUACCGCUCGGUUUGCCGGCGCCCCGGCGCAGUCAAACUCGAACAACAACAAUAACGUCUCGUCGCCGCCCGUGGAUCCCUGCGGAUUUUGCCAGGAUGGCACUCCCUGCAUCUGCGCCGAGAUGGCCGCCCAAGAGGAGCAGCGCGGACGACGCAAUUCGUUUGAGAACAACCGACUCGCACCAAUUCAGACCCUCUCUCAAUUCACGCCGCCUCCCUCUGACGGUGACGUCCGAUCCGAGGUGACACUCCCCUCAAUCAGCCAGGCCACCAACCCAUGCGCCAACGGACCUGGCACUUGCGCCCAAUGCCAGGCUGACCCCCGGAGCACCCUUUUUUGCAAGACGCUGGCAGCCUCCCGGUCAGCGAGCGGGACUCCAACGGGAGGAGGCUGCUGCGGCGGCAAGGGAGCCGACGGCGGAUGCUGCAUGUCACGAAAUGCCCCCACCACCACGCCCAACCCGCGUAACCACGCCGCCCUGCCUCCGCAACUUGCCGCAUCCAAGCCCUCUACGCCCUCUGAACUGACCCUGAGUUGCGCCGAUGCCUUCACCACCCUCUCCCGCCAUCCCAACUUCUCGCGCGCCACUGACGAGAUCUCCUCGUGGCUGCCCAAGCUGCACACUCUGCCUAACCCUCGAGACCUCGCGCUCGCAGAGGGUCGUGGUGCUCGAGCCGCCAUGGAAGUCGAAGCCGCCAGCGUGAUGGGCGUGCUGCGGUACUUCGACCGACGGUUCGCCGAGAAAUAA